AUGUCUGGCCACCGAAACAGUCAUGGAAAGCGCCACUCUGAUUAUACUGAAAAUGGAGGCGGCAAGAGAAGAAAUCCUGGUGAUGAUACCUAUGCCCCUGGUCCUGAUGACACUGUGUAUCGCUACCUCUGUGCCUCUAGAAAAAUUGGGAGUAUCAUUGGCAGGGGUGGAGAAAUUGCAAAGCAGUUGAGGACUGAGACCCAAGCUAAGAUCAGGAUUGGCGACAGUGUCCCUGGAUGUGAGGAGCGAGUUAUUACCAUAUUUAGCUCAAGCAGGAAAACUAAUACCAUCGAUGAUACUGAAGAUAAGGUUUGCCCUGCUCAGGAUGCCCUCUUUAGAGUUCAUGAGAGGCUUGCCACUGAUGAGAGUCUUGGGAACGAAGACGGCGAAGAAAUUUCACCUCAAGUUACUGUUCGCUUGCUUGUGCCAUCAGACCAGAUUGGAUGCAUUCUUGGAAAAGGUGGGCAGAUCAUCCAAGGAAUCCGCAGUGAGACUGGUGCACAAAUACGCGUACUUAGUAAUGAUCAUAUCCCUGCAUGUGCCAUUAGCGGCGAUGAACUUCUCCAGAUAUCUGGAGACACGGUAGUUGUCAGAAAGGCUCUUCAUCAAGUGUCAUCUCGCCUCCAUGACAACCCAUCCAAGUCACAGCAUCUUCUUGCAUCCAGCUUGACCCAACCUUAUCCAGGGAGCACCCACCUUGGUGGUUCCUCUACUGCACCUGUUGUAGGGAUCACUCCAGUAAUUCCUCCUUAUGGAGGCUACAAAGGUGAUGCGGCAGGAGAUUGGUCCUCUUUAUACCAACCACGAAGGGAUGAGAGCUCUGCAAAGGAGUUUAGCUUGCGUUUACUUUGUGCUGCUGCAAAUGUGGGGGGUGUAAUUGGGAAGGGUGGUGGAAUUAUCAAACAGAUCAGGCAGGAAUCUGGGGCUUUAAUCAAAGUGGCUAGCUCCAAUUCGGACCCUGAUGAUGACUGCAUAAUUACAGUUUCUGCGAAAGAGUUCUUUGAAGAUCCUGUAUCUCCAACGAUUGAUGCUGCAGUUCGUUUGCAGCCUAGAUGCAGCGAGAAAAGUGAUUCAGAAUCAGCUGAGCAGUCAUAUACAACACGCUUGCUGGUAUCAACAUCACGUAUUGGAUGCCUAAUUGGCAAAGGUGGUUCAAUCAUUACUGAGAUACGAAGAACAUCCAGAGCAAAUAUACGCAUUCUUUCAAAAGAAAAUGUUCCAAAGGUAGCAGCAGAAGAUGAAGAGAUGGUUCAGAUCAGUGGAGGCCUUGAUGUUGCAAGACAUGCUCUUGUGCAAAUAGCUACAAGGCUGAAAGCCAAUUUCUUUGAAAGAGAGGGCUCUUUAUCUGCAUUUCCAUCUGUGAUCCCUUACCAUCCUUUGCCUUCUGGUGCUUCGGAUGAACCAAAAUAUCUAAGCAGAGACACUAAGCCUGUUGGGCAUUAUCUAUAUUCAAGUGCUUUUCGUACAUCGGAUGACAUGAUUCCUUCUGACAGCUAUGCAAGUUAUGGCGGCUCCCAGGCACUUGGAGGAGGUUAUGGGGCUUACAGCGGAUACAGUGCCCGCUCCUCUAGUAGUGGGUUAUCUGGUCAUAGUUCCCUUCACUAUGGAAAGCGUCAUGGUUAUUAG